AUGACAAGCAACCCCCCAACCCGUCUCAUUCCCUCCAUUCCCAUCCCCCCCUCAGUCGCCCUGACAUACCUCUCCAAAUACCUCUCCCAAACCAGCACCAACGCCUACCUCCUCCCCAACGCCAAACUCGAGCCAUCAGGUCCCACAGCCGGCGCCACAAACUCCUCGCUCACACUAUCAAAUCUGCAGCGCGUAGAAGCGGGCUUAAAAGGGGAAUGGCUGGCCCCGGUCUUAGAACUAGAGGAGACGGCGAAACUAGAAGCGGAAGGGGAGAAGAAGGCGGGUGAGGAGGGGGAGUGGCAGAACCUUGAGGAUUAUCAGUUGGAGCAGCAGGAUCUUGAGGGGGAGGUGGGGGAGAGGGUGAAUGUUGUGGCGCAGGACGGGGAUGAGAUGGUUGGGGGUGAGGAGGGGAAUGAGGUUGAGAUUGAAGCUGUGGUGCCUAAGAAGGCGAAGAGGAAACAUGAGGGAGGGGAGGAGAACGGAGCGAGUGUGAAGAAACCAAAAGAUAAAGAGGCGAGGAAGGCAGAGAAGAAAGAGAGGGCUAAACAGGAGAGGAGGGCGAAGGCCGAGGCUGCGAAAAAAGCGGCUGAGACGGCUGCUAUGGAGGAGAGCGAUUGA